UUUUCAUUUACACUCUGUGAGAACUAAGAAAGCGAAUUAAGGAAAUAUCGGUACCGUGAAGACCUAACGUUCUUGAAGAUCGUUUGUCUUUAUAUCGGACUCAUUUUCUACCGACAUCGCUUACUUUUUAACUGAGGUAACUAUUUCUAACGUCGUGGGCAUCAAUAUUUCAUCUCAAGCGGUAAACAUAUCGUGGUAAGGAACUCUGAGUUUUCCGGAUUUCUUGGUGCCGUUCUCGAAGUAAAUCUUCGUUUGAUGGAACAUGGAACUGUAAAGCCUUAAUGACAACUGUAAAUGCGUAUAAUUCAUGGAAAAUCUUGUUCAAACGGAUUUAAGAAGAUUGUAUUCAACGAUAUAAAACAUCAAAGGUCGAAAGAGGGGAAUUGAAAGGCUUUCUAUCCGUAGGACGUUGUGAGCCAUUUGGAAAAACGUCAGUUGAAAGAAAUAAAAAUACUUCUAUCAAUUUAAAGCAGACAACAACCACAAAAUUUCUCGAUUAAUUCAAGAUUAGACAUGGACAGUGCACAGGAAGGAAGCAACAUUGUCAUGAAAACACCAAUGCUGGGACAUGAAGCGUCGCCAGUCAAGCUUACAGCGGAGCCUACGAAACCUCAGGAAGAUUUUGGAACUUUUCCGUGCGUAUCCCCUUACGACGAUGAAACAGGAAAACAGAAAGUCCGAUUGUCGGCGCAAGAAAAGCAACGCUGGCGCCGCGCGGCACUAUCCGUAUCCUUCGCCUCGAUGUAUGUUACACUCAUGCUUAGCAUCGCGUCGUUCGUAAGUUCAGGCAUUUCUGAAAGUUCCGCGGCGUUCGCGAUCGCUUUCGACGCUAUGCUCGGGGUUGUAUCAUCUGGAGUGAUUGUUUGGCGUUUUUACCAAGGAGUUAAUGGUGUCUUAGGUCCAGGCAAAGAACGAAAAGCUUGUGUGGUAAUAGCUGCAUGUUUCAUACUUUCUGCGCUGGUGAUGUGCACGCGAGCGGUUGAGUUCCUUGUCAGCGACAUGGAACCGAGAAACACACUCGCUCUUCUUUCGAUCUCCGUGGUCGGGUUUCUGUGUUAUUCUGCCUUUUUCUGGUUGAAAUAUCGUAUCGCUGAUAAGCUGCAGAGCGUUGCUUUGAGGAUCGAUGCAAUAGACUCAGCCUGCGGUGCCGCUAUGGCCCUGGGUUUGAUUGUAAGCACGAUUAUUUACAGCGAAAUGCAUUCAACAUGGUGGUUAGACUCGAUCAUCGCACUUGCAAUCGCUUUCGUCACUUUCUGCUACGGCUGCCUGAUCAUACUCAAAGUGAUCUGGAACAAAGACAGGUUUGGAAUACCCGAGGAAUAUGAACUGUUUUAAGAACGGCCAAAGUUUAUUAUUUUAUCUUUUGAAGCUAUUAUUUUGAUUUUUUUAGUCUAUAAUUUGGAGAGUUUUUUUGAAAGAUGAUUAUAAAUUUUAGCCGGAUGCGAAAAAAAACACACCUGCUCACAAUACUUUUUGUCUCUUUAAGCCUGAAAUAAGUUUUAUUUUACACGAGACUCUGUAUGUAACAAAAUUACGUGUAUGCGAUAUAAAGAGUAGUUGUUCAAAAUCCUAAAACUGCAUGUCUGUUGAUAAAAAAUUACUACAAGGAAACCGUUUUUUUGUCUCGUUCAAAGAAAUAAUUUCAUAACAUGGAAAUGACCAACGGUGUGUUAUUAACUCGACACAUACGAACUCGUUCGCCUGCUGCAAAGCUGUGUUAAAUGUAAAUGAAUUUAUAAGGUUCUCUUCGUACUUGAGACGAGUUAGAGAAUAGGAAAUUAGUUGACUCAUGAGGAAAGACCCAAAGCUGACUGUUCUUUCAUACUCGAUAAUCAGCGACCGCCGGGCUGUCAAUAUUCCGAAUGGGAAAGGUGAUAUCUUUCAACAAGGGUCGAUUAAUUCGCGUGCAAAAGUUGUUGAAUAUUAAUAAUACGAUUGGGAAUUUUUAUCUCGACUCUUGAAUUAAAUCGAUUUGAAGUAUCGCCAAGUUGAUGGUUACAGCGUCUCCCCGAAAAAACAUUUCUGGGAAAAUCGUUCUUGCUCUGUUCGAGGUUGUU